AUGCUGCUGCUGGUCCUAGUCCUCUCAUACCUAGGCCAACUGAUCGCCUCGGGCAAAGACAUAGAAACACCACUUCUGCGGAUCACAGUGCCAGAGAAGAUCGAGACCAACAUCAAAGAUGCCAAGGAAGCAGAAACACAAGUCACUUACGUGGUCAGAAUUGAGGGCAGAGCAUACACACUCCAACUUGAAAAACAGUCAUUUUUACAUCCACUCUUUGCAACAUAUUUGCGUAACAAGUUGGGAACAUUGCAACCAUAUAUUUCUUUAGUAAAGACUCACUGCUUUUAUCAAGGACAUGCUGCCGAGAUCCCAGCGUCAACGGCGACACUCAGCACUUGCUCGGGUCUCAGGGGCUUGUUGCAGUUAGAGAACAUCACUUAUGGAAUUGAGCCCCUAGAGUCUUCAGCUACCUUUGAACACAUUCUUUAUGAGAUUAAGAAUAACGAAAUUAAUUAUUCUCCCUUAAAAGAAAACUACACAAAUCUUCAGGAGGAAAGUCAGUCUUACCGAAUUCUCGUAAAACCAGAGAAAGGUUCGAACUCGACACUAACCGAGAGAAUUCUGAGGGUAAAGAUCAUCAUGGAUAAAGCCAUGUUUGACCACAUGGGCUCGGAGGUGGGAGUCGCGACUCAGAAAGUUGUUCAUAUCUUUGGUCUCAUCAACACUAUGUUUUCCCAGCUGAAGAUGACUGUGAUGUUAAACUCUCUGGAGAUCUGGUCAGAAGAAAAUAAGAUAGAAACAAACGGGGCUGCUGAUGAAGUCCUGCAAAGGUUUCUUCUGUGGAAACGCAAGGAGAUAUCUCAAAAGACCAAGGAUGUAACCUACUUACUCCUGUAUAAGGACCAUCCUGAUUAUGUGGGAGCGACAUAUCAUGGGAUGGCCUGCGACCCAAAGUUUACGGCAGGAAUUGCUCUGCACCCAAAGACAUUAGCUGUGGAGGGCUUUGCCAUUGUUCUCUCACAAUUGCUGGGAAUUAACCUGGGGCUGGCAUACGAUGACAUCUACAAUUGUUUCUGUCCAGGAAGCACGUGCAUAAUGAAUCCUUCGGCAAUACGCUCCCAAGGCAUAAAGGUUUUUAGCAGUUGCAGCGUGGAUGAAUUCAAGCAGCUGGCUUCACAACCUGAACUGGACUGCCUUCGGAAUGCACCAGAGACAGAAGUUGUUGCCCUGCCCCAAUCACAAGUUUGUGGUAACCGUAUCUUGGAGGUGCCUGAGCAAUGUGACUGUGGGCCACCAGAGUCCUGUAGUCAUAAAGGAUGCUGUAAUCCUAAUGACUGUACUCUGACUAAAUCUGCGGAGUGUGGUACAGGGCCAUGCUGUGACAAAAGAACAUGCAAGAUAGCUGAAAGAGGACGCCUAUGCAGGAGAAGUAAGGACCUGUGUGAUUUCCCAGAGUUCUGCAAUGGAGUAUCUGAAUACUGUGUACCUGAUAUAAAAGCUGCAGACCUGGAACCUUGCAACAACGAGACUGCCUAUUGCUUUGGUGGGGUUUGCCGAGACCCAGAUAGGCAGUGUUCAGAUUUAUUUGGAAAAUAUGCUAAGGGUCCUAAUUAUGUGUGUGCACAAGAAGUGAAUCUGCAAAAUGACAAAUUUGGAAACUGUCACGGGCGCUGUAAUUAUAAUGCUGUAUUUUGUGGAAAAGCAGUUUGCUACUGGAACUUUGCAGAAAUCGUGAAAACAGAGAAAUAUGACAUUCAGUAUACUUACUUGGGAGGCCAGGUGUGUGUGUCCGCACAUUUAAGAGUGAGGGACCCUGGGGAGGCAGACAACACUUAUGUCCAUGAUGGUACGAUUUGUGGUAGUGGCCUGGUUUGUUACAAAGGGCAAUGCUUACGUGUGCACGUCCUGCGGGGACAUAGGGAGUGUGAAGCAGACGACAAGUGCCAAGGACACGGGAUUUGCAACAGUCUAAAAAACUGUCAGUGUGAAUCUGGUUUUGCUCCUCCAGAGUGUGACAUGACACCUUCAUCUCCAGGAGGAAGCAUGGAUGAUGGAUUUUGGCUGCCCUUUGAUAAAAGUGCAUCUUUGAUUGUCAAGAAACAUGGUUCUCCAUACAAAAAAAGGCUUUUGAUUAGUUUCUAUGUCUUCCUGCCUUUCCUCAUUGCAACAGCCUUCAUGGUUGUUAAGCGGAAUAUCUCAAAGGCAUUCAAGCACAAAGAGGACACAUUAAGCGGAGGGUAA